AUGGGUUCAAGAGGCCAGCAGAUCUUCCGGACGACCAUGUUCAAGGUCCCCGAUCCGGCGAACCAGAAGAAGUUGGUGGAGAUGUACAACAAGCUUGCUGAGGAGCAGAAGAAGGACGGCAAGCCGUACAUCCUCUACGCCUGCGCCGGCACCGCGAAUCCGGAUCAGAGAUCGAAGGGGUAUACCGUUGUGGCAAACAUGAAGUUUGCCAGUUUGGAUGAUAUGAAUUAUUAUGACAACGAGUGCCCCACGCAUGCGGCGUUGAAGAAGGCCGGGGCUGGGUUGGGGGUGGAGGAGCCGCCUUUGGUGGUGUACUUUGAGGGGACGCCGGCGUUGAUGGUGAACUAGUUGAUCGGGGCAGAGGUGUCGAGCUGAAGAUGAGAAUGCUAAAGUUUAUCUAGUCGACUGUGAAUACUUUGGCCUGACCUUGCCCUGCCCCUGGCUCAAAGCCAACUUGACCACAACCGCCAAAAGCCCGUAAAACGUCUCCCAGUUUCUGUACUCUGUCGUCACUUUCCCAUCUGGCCCCUCAACUUCGAUAAACUCCUGGAUUCUCUCACACUUGAGCAUCCAGUCGGGCUGCGGACCGAUCUGGAUCCAGCCGAUCCUGUGCCCGAUUACCUUCUUGCUGGUGGGGUCGACGAUGUCCUCCAAAAUUGAGACGCGCUCCUGAGACUUGGUGGAUGGCUUGGAGUCGGGUGAGGUGUUGAAGUGCACAUCGAAGGUGAAGACUGUGCCGAGGUGGAAUUGGUCUGGGGAGGAGGUGGUGGAAGGGGGUUGAGAGUCGAUUUCGACGAGGCGGCAGAAGGGGUUCCAGGAGGGGUCUGGGGAGACGUUAGUACGUGAUUGAGAAUAAGUGAAAUAAACGGUGAGGUGAGGCAAGCUGUGAUCAUGAAAUACAAGAGAUGGUUCGCAAUGAAGAACAUGACGUCACAGUCGAGUGUUGUAAAAGGUGAAUAAUUUGAGACAUACAGUCUGCCGGGCUGCGGACGAUAUCAAGACAUUUUGACGGGGGCGCGUUGAUGCGGGUUGAGCACGCGAUUGAGAAGCUGCCGCCGGCGCCGUGAGACGGGGUUGGGAGAGGUGCGGGGAGGAUGGCGGCUUUGCCGGCG